AUGCAAAAACAACCUAUUAUUACAUCUGAUUAUCAUAAUGCAGUACCAUACUUGUGCUCUAUUAAAGAUUAUCGAGAAGAAAGUUUAUCAUUUUUAGAACAGAAAAUUGCUUAUGGGAAAUUGCAUAAUGCGUAUAAAAAAGCAUUAAAAAAGGCAUUACAGACAGAUUUUAAUUCACAAAAUCUUAUUAAUUUACUUGAAGAAUUUGCUGAGAAUGAUAAUAUUGAUGAGCAGUCAGAAUCUGAUGAAUAUGAGGAUGAUAUCAAUGAUAAAGAAAAUGUUAAUCCGACGUUGUUGAAAAAUCCAAAACCUCAUCGUGGAAAAGGUCGGCCAAUGGGAACAAAAAGAAUCAAAUCAGCUCAUGAAAUUCCGAAUCAAAGAACAAAGCAUCAACGUCGAUGUAAAAAGUGCGGAAACAUUGGUCAUUAUUAA